AUGAAGCGAUUAUGGAGUGGAGCAAAGCAUCUCCUGAAUGGCGGUAGUUUUGCCUACUUGGCAUCUGGUGAGCCGUAUCAGCCGUUUGGGGAAGAUUUUGGACUGACCGUGUUUCCCGACUACAUCCAAGUUACGGAGAAGAUGGCACUGCGAGGGGGGUAUGUGGAUGUGUACACGCAGCGGUCUGCAUCUAUUCGACUCAGCGAUGGGCGUUUUCAAUUACCCCCGCUGCCACCACGUUCGUUUAUGAAUUUAGUGGAGCGUAUAGAGCAAGAUGACAUUGUUCCGCGUGGAUGGUUGAAUAAUCAAACCGCCAACCUCUACGAACCAGGAGAUUUUAUCCGUGCACAUAUUGACAAUCUCUUUGUGUACGACGAUAUUUUUGCCAUCGUUUCUCUUGGUGCAAACGCCCUGUUGCGUUUCGUACAUGUGCAGAAUGGGGAAGAGCUAGACGUAAUCGUACCAGACGGCAGUCUCUACAUCAUGUCAGGACCCGCUCGGUAUGUGUACUUUCACAUGGUCCUCCCUGUGGAAGCGCAACGCUUCAGCAUCGUCUUUCGACGCUCUAUUCUGAACUCGGACGGUGGGUUUCGCCCCGUGACCACGCCACUGGGCGGUAUGAUGGCGUACCGUUCAACACAGGUCCUGAAUACAUUGUAUUCAAAGCAAAUUGGCGGCGUGCGUGUCACAGUAGAUGACAAGUACCUCGAAAAGGAGGAGAUCGGUGCCUUUGAUACUGCAAAGUGGGUAAAAGGCCUACACCCGUUGCGGGACUGGUCGUUGUUGUCUCAGUUGGACGAGGAUGAGGCUCGAGUGCAGGAAUUGAAGAACAAACGUUACCUCGACGUGGACUUUGACUGGAGGUUUGCCGAGCUGAGGAAACGCUACAAGGAACUAGAGACGCUUUUGGGUGCCUGA